UGCUGAAACUUCAGUUUAUGCUGGAACCAUGACGUUCAGUGAUAUUUUUAUCGUAGUUAUUUAUUAGCUAAGAUAGUUAAUAUAAUUCAUAAGACUCGUAAAAGUGUCAGUAUGAAAUAGAACAGAUAAGAAUUAGAUAAAGUAAGUGAAUAAGAUCAUGGCAUUUUUUCAAUUAGUUCUCAAAGCCAGGAAGCUCGAGAAAGCUAGGUUGAGAUACGAAGAUGAGAAAUUGAGAUCGAUUGAGAUCUCCGAGGGUAUCAAGCCCCGUCUGACUUUGAAGCAGCGUCUUCGACGAAAGAGAUUAAAAUACAGAAAGAGGCUUAUGCAUUUUUGGAGCCGAAUAAUCUCUUCCAUAAAGCAUACAUGGGUUUAUAAAAAAGUGAGACUCCUUCGCACAAAUGGUUCUCUUGAGAAUUACAUUUUGAAGAGCGUGUUUGGAUUCUUGGGCGGCAUAUUUCUAACGUACAUAUUUUUUGUAUUCUUCGUGAUUCAACUGAGCUUUACCCUUUCGUCCGCCACGAUGCUGUGCUCGGUCCUCGGAGUUAUCCUUACGCUCGGUUUGGCGUUUUCUUUUCGUGUAAGGUGUAUCGUGUUUCUAUUGCUGCCGCAGUUCUUUUCUAAACGUGGCAGACAGGCCUUGAUGGCCUAUGCCUUUAUUCUAACGCUUACCGGACCGGCGAAGAAUAUCUUGCAUAAUAUCAGUGUCCUUUCGGAGUCUUUAGCCUGUGGACAGGAGCAAUUGAAGCAAGCCGUGAAGAACGUGGUCGACUUAAUAAAAGAACCCUUCUACGCUCUCAGAGACGCGAUAUCGAAAGUAAUAAAGACGGUGAAGGUGGUCGUGAAGAAGAUUAAGCGGACUCUCGUGGCUAUCAAGCGUCUCGUGCUUAGUAUACUGAGAGUGAUCACGUCGGUUUUUCAAUGGCUCGGCAGCGUCGUGAAUAUCUGCAACAAGAAACUGGGUACGCCGUUCGACAGGUGUCAGAGAGUCUUCGACGGCGCGGUGGCUGAUUGCAAGGCGAAGCUUGGCCCCCUUUUCGGGGGGAUUUGCAAUCUGACGUACAUCGUCGGCGCUUUGUGCUACAUAGUGAAACCUCUAGACUUCAUCUGCAUGCUCGUGUCUUAUGUCGCCGAUACUAUAGUUAACGCCGUACGGAGGAAAAUUAAAAAGUUCACUCGCCACAUAAAAGCGAUGUUCUACGUUAAAGUGAAAUUUUCACAUUCUUUUCACUUUGAAACGAACCAAAGUAAAACUAUCGAGGACGUAUCGACUGGUAUAAUUACGGAGGUACGAUCAAGGACCGAUAAGUUUCUAGCCGUUUUUGAUUGGAUGAGUUUUAUGACCACUUUUUUCAUUUUCUUCAUGCUGCUAAGAAUCUUGCAUUAUCGACACAGAUGGCUGACGAGCGAACGCUUUGAUAAUCGAUACUUGACUGAUGAUCUGCGCACCAUCGAUCUAAUAAGAACACGUCAGGAUAAGGAAACUAUUCUGCCGCUAAACCGUCGCGAAAGAAAUCAAUACAUCCCACUGACGUCCGUCACGUUGAUCAAGGUAGAAAAAAUAAAGCUCACGAAAUCAGCAGUUUUUUUGGGCUUAACAACAUUCAAAAUCUGCAUUCAUAUGAUGGCGGACUAUAGCCUUUUUUGGAUUCUUAACACAAUUAGAUAUCACGGACGGAUCGAAACAAAGGUCCAACGACCCAAUUUCGUGGGCGUCUAUGUGUCUGGUGACGGCUAUCUCGCCGACCUUUAUCGAAGUAUCGUGAAAGCCUUCACGCCGCACGCGAAGGAUACAGAGAUCGAUGUGACGCCCUGCCUCCCAGAUCCCAUCCCACCAGAUUUAGAUCGGUAUACGCAGAUCGUAACAUUAAUCGCCUUCUGCUGGCUCAUGGCGAUAUUCGAGCCGUACGGAUUGCGACUGCGGCAUAUCGUGAUGUGCAAAUAUCAUCCGGAAAGAGCGAAGCAAAGAGCCGCUUGGCUGUAUAACCAUAUAAUUAGAUCAAGAGGAAGUUUUCUGAAAUUUGCACGACGCCAGUUGCGCCGCAAGUUCGGCAUGACCGAGGGCGAGAGGAUCGAGAGAGUCACGUUUAGAGAACGAUGCCUGGCGAUCUGCCCUUUCCUGAACAAAUUGUUCCCUCGGAAGCAGAACGUGUGUCUCCUGUGCGGUGCCGUGGAACGUUCCGAUCAGGAACCGCACAUUAAAUGCGCCACGCCGAGCUGCGUCGGUUUAUUCUGCAUCCAAUGCUUCGCGGACUUGCAAAAUCUCUGCACGAUUUGUCGAUCGCCCAUCGAAUACGGCGAUUUAACGGAUAUUAGCGAGGAGCAAGAUUCAUCGGAUGAUCGCGAAUUGAUUGCGAAAAAGGAACCUGUACCAAUAACUACUUUUAUCGAAAAAGAAGAACCGAUUGUCGAAGAAGAAAAACCGGAAGAAAAAGUAGAAAUAAAAGAAGAAAUAGAAGAGGAAAAAAUUCCGGAAGAAAUAAUAUUGGACGAAGAAGUGUCGGAAAAAAUAUUGGAAGAAAGAAAAAAGGAAAGAAUUGAAAGAAUAGUUGUUGAAAAGAAAGAUGAAGCGGUACAAACAGACGCUGAUAUCAGUGAAAGUAGUUCUGAUUCGGUCUAUAGUUACACUUAUCAAGAAGGAUUACGAGAGAUUGAAAUCGAGCGUUGGAGAACGCCAUUCAAAGAUAUCGAAGCGCAGAAAAUAAGAGAAGACGUUACAAUUCAAAUUUUUAACGAGCCAUUGGCGAAGGAGGAGGUUACUUCGAGCAGCGAGGAUCCGACGUCCUGUUUCGUGGUGAGAGCUCGUAGGAGGCUUCGUACCAGGUUGAAAAGGAAAUCCUGCUCUUCCCCGCGCAAGGACGAUUCCAGCACGUCUACAUCAAUAGCGGACACCGAAUCCUGCGCUACGGAGGAGCUAGAUGAGGAAGAAGUAAUUCACAUUGAGAUGGACGACGGCUCAAAGGAAUUACUCUUAAAGGACGGCGCUACCAAAGCAAGGAAACGAAGUAGUCGCGUAGGAAGAAUUCUUGCUGCACUCACGAAAAUUUCUUGGCUCGGCAGGAGAACGACGACCGAUAGCGACGGCGAAUGGCGAACGAGAAAACCGUCUCUCCUGGAUAGAAUAGCACGGAUGCUUCGUGGAAAUCAAUCUACCUCGCCCGUACGAACGUAUCGACGGAUUCGCACUACGAAAAAGGACGCGAAGCGUAAGGGCUCUACCUCCGGCUCUUCCUCGUCUACCUCCGACGAAGAGAACGAACAGCGAGCGCUCUUAAAGGCGCACGAUCGGCAAGUAGAUUGUUUGCAAAUCAUCUCAGAUCAUGACGAUUCCGGGGAUAAUAUUUACAGCAGAAAUUAUGAUUCUCAUCGUGCACGUCGCGGGACGAUCUGUCGCCAACCGGAUUCUCACGCGAGAGCUGACGAUGUAAAACCGAGAUAUCCACACGAGAAGAAAUUUACGACAAGAGAAUUACCAAGAUAUCUUCAGUCGAUUUCGAAGGAUACAGCGUAUUUCGAAGUGGACGAGAUUAAAGAUUUGCAAUUGAAACGGGAAUGUAUUCGUCGGAUAGAACGUGUUAAUGUUUUAUCAGAUACCAGAAUAUCCGACAUCGAUAAUCAGAAGUCGGACAUCACUAGUGAUGCCUAUACUCAAAUUUCUUGCUCGUGUACAUCGCAAAUAUCCUGCGAUGUUAAAGAUAGCAGAAGUCAGUCGGACACCGGUGCCAUUGCAGAACAAAGUAGUGAAAUAUUUAUAACGCACGGAAUGUCAGAAACAGAUAAGGAAACGCUGAUUACAGAUUGGGAAAGAUUAGAUCAAAAAAAAGAGGUAGAGGAAAUUGUCACUGCGGAAGAAACAUCGAUAGAUAGUGAAACUGAUCGAGCUUCAGAAAAAGCUCUAAUCGAAAAUGAUCGACGAAGAUCAUUAGCGAAAAAUAGCAGAGCAAUUGCGGAGUCAAAUAAUACCGCGGAAGAAGGAGGUGUGAGAAAAUACUUUGUCGAAAAGGAACAAGCUGAAGAAUUAGCUGGAGAAAAAAAAACCAGAGAAAAAGUGAUAGCGUCGACUUCGGUAGCAAAUGAUAAAGUUCGAUUGUACGAUCCGUCAGCUCGUUUGGAGCUGUACGGCGUCACGUGCCAAGUAAAAAGACGUGAAAAACCUGCCGUGGAAAAAUUAACGAAGCAAUCGGGAGCGGCGGAAAUACGUAUUGGCGAUAGAAAGUCGGCGGAAUUUAAAGAAGAUAUUGAAAUGGUACAAAAAAAUGUGCAGGUUUCCGCGCAUAAAAUUCGAAAAUUUGCAGCACUACCCGAAAAGAGUGUCCAAGCAUAUCUGCGAAAAUCUGAAAAAUACAAAAAGCGUGAUACGACGCCGUAUAUCGACACACAAAUUCCCAGAGUAGCUGGCUUGUUAAAAAGAGGGAAAAAAGAGAAAAGAAAACAAGAAAAAUGGAUUGAUAAGAGUGAAUGUCGUAGACAAAGGGAACCUGAGAGUAGUAGUUCACCGCGAAGAAAACAAAAAUCUUGCAAUAAAGCAACAUUGAUUAAAGAAAAGCUUUGUACUAGAAGGAAACGGGAAAAGAUUUACACCCGCGAUAUACGAACUCGGAGACAUCCUAGUGCAAUGCACACGGAAGACUUUCACUGUGCAAGUCACUCAGGAUGGUACCCUGACGACAUUCAAAGACAGAGAAGAGUUGCUCCUACAUUAAGAUCAGUGACUGAAUUAAGAGAAAAUCGCCAAACUCAGUGUAAUCUUCGCGGCAGGGAAGCUACUCAAAGCAGGAAAGAUGAUGUCAACGAUCUGAAAUCUACAAACAACCCUGAAGUCUGGUCUUGUCACAUUAAACCGCAAUUUAAGGCACCUGAGCAAAUAGUCCGCUGUCAAGACUAUUGGGAUCAACGGGAACUUUUAAGUCCCUGUCACGAUUCAUUACAAAAGAAACCGCAGCAAAUAAAAAAGAAAUAUGACGUUAAUGUACGUGAAACCAGAUUGGAAAUACCUAUGUUGAAAAAAUAUCUACCCACGUAUCAGGCGCCAGGUUUAAUAGAAGAGCUGAAGGAACAUGAUAGAAUGAGAUUAAUUCAGGAACGAGAAGCGAGAAGAUGGACGGCUUUGAGUGCUCUUCGAAGCACGAGGAAUUCUUCCUCGAGUGCCAAAUCGAAAGAUCAGGCAUGCGAUGCUUCUGUAAUAUGCGAUGCUCAUGAAACCGUCAGCAGAUUAACUUCGGUCUCCACGAGAUCAACCGAGGGGAAUACCCUUCCCUAUCAAGAAACGCAAAUCUUCAAAGACGUGGUACGUGAGUUUCGGAAGAAAGUGGAAGCCAAGAAGCCUCUAAUAUAUUUAUCUCAGCGCGCAGACAAAUUUAAAGAUCUAAAACAAUUGUUUCCCCCCCAAAAUGAAGACGAAGAUGGUGGUGGAUUUACGACAACGUCGAAGUUUGAGGAAGUUGUUAACAGGUUUAAGCCAACAUGUGACAAAUGCGAAAGAGAAAAAGAGUGCACUACGAUAUAUGAAGCAACUCGAAGAUUUCAAAGCGAAUCGUUUAGCGAGAUGUCAUCGGUUUGCAAUUAUUGCGAACGUCGUCGAUUUGAUGUUUCGACCUCAGCCGACGAAACUACAGAUAACACCGUUGAUAUCUCAUAAAUAUGUUAUAGUAUGCAAUAAAGGAAUUUUGUAAUCGAA